CGCUGCUCGUCUUUCUGACCUUUUUUGCCCUGUUGCUGCUUCUUGCCAACACCCUGUGUUUUCUACUCUUGCUUGCUUUCUUCAAUUGCUUGCUUUCUCCAAUUGCUUGUUUUCCUCUGCUGUUGAUUUACAUACCUAAAUACCCUCACAGCUCCAAUUGUUUUUGCCGAUUUCUCUCCUCGCUGCUGUAAUUCUCCCCCUUCAAUCUACAUUUAUGUUUCUAAUUCAUCAUUAACAGAGAUUUUUUCAUCAUCCAAUUGCAUCAUUACUCGGUUUAUUUUAGUUUCGACAGUAUCACUGGUUUUUUGGUUGUGUGUUUUGUGUGUGUUUUGAUAAUUUUUUUUUCCUUCUACUGUUAUUCGAAAAAUAAAUAGGCAUAGAAAAAUAAACAAAAACAAUGGUCCAAAUAAAUCUAGAUAAAAUCUUUUUUAAAACUCAGACUUAUGAUCCUUCAACAAAUUUGCCAAUCUACAUAUUGGAUUCUACUGCAUUGCCAAAUCCAGAAAGCUGUGAUUUUUUAAAUCUAAUUGAAAUUCUAAUAUCAAGAAUUCCAAAUCACAACUAUUCUCUAAUUUUUUUCACUUGUGGUUUAUCUGCUUCUCCAAAUUUAUACAACAAUGAAUUUGAUGAAAAAUUCAAAUUCAGCUGGGUUUGGGGUGUCAAAACUUUCAGCCUACUACCUCAACAAAAGAGAAAAUUUUUAAGAAAGCUAUACGUAGUCCAUGAAUGCUGGUGGAUUCGUGCUUUAAUCGAAGUGCUAAAAAACGUUUUAUCAUCCAAAUUCAUUUCAAAUAAUAACAAAAGAAUAAUCCACUGCAGUAAUAUAACUGAACUAUCUAAAAAUAUCGACAUAACAAAAUUACAAAUAUCCUUGUCAAACUACUUAUAUGAUUCGUUAAAACUAAACAAUAAAAUCAUUAUUCCAAUUCAUUUAGUACCAAUAUUUAAUAUCAAAAUCACUCAAAAAAAUAAACUAUCCUGGUUUUAUUAUAACUUGCUAUUUUUCAAAAUUUCAAAUCGUUUAUUAUCAAAUAUAUCUGCUAUAUCCACCCAAAAUUCAGAUUCACAUUCAAAUUCAAAUUCAAAUUCAAAUUCAGAUUCACAUUCAAAUUCAAAAUUAAAAUCAAACUUAUCGAUUCACAACCAAUUAUUAUUGAAAAAUCCAACAGAUGAGUUUCAAAAAUCAAAAAUCACAAUUCUUAUCGACUCAAUUAAAAGAAAUCAAUUAAUAGAUCUCAAUGAUUGGGACAUAUUAUCUCUAAUCAAUGUCUGGAAAUUCUUCUUAAAAUUCUUACCAACAAACUUAAUUCCAGUUUCCUCAAUUAAAUUACCAAUAAAGGAUAAUAACUUAUCCUAUAUAAACUCAAUAUUAAAUUCAAUAUUAAACACUAACGACUACCAUUUUCUACUAAACGAUUUAAUGAACCUAAUCAUACUACCUUGCUUAAACUUGGAUUUAUAUCUCAUUUCAAUCGAUUUCAAUAAGAAUAUUAACAACCAAUACAAAAAUAUCUCCCUAGACGAAUUGAAUAACAAUUAUCUAAUAAAAUUCUCAAAGUCUUUAGUAUCGUAUUUUUCGGGAAAUCUAGAUAGAAAUGAUUUAUUGGUGUCCUCAAGAUUUCUAAAAAAUUUAAUAAAACUUUGGCCCUAUCUAGAUGCAAACUAUGAUAAAUUGCCUUCUUCAAAUUUCACUCAUUUACAAAACUCAAUAUUCAUACAAUUAAAUUCAAGUAAUAUCAAUAAUCAUAACAAUCAUAAUAAUCAUAACAGCGCUUUAAAUAAUAAUAAUAAUGUCUCCUCUCUUUUGAGAAAACUCCCAUCUUCCUCUUUUCUUUUCCCAAUUAAUAAAAAAAAAUCUUCAAGCUCAAUCCUAAAUUCUUCAAAUUCUUCUAUAUCUUUAACUCUUUCUUCUUCCUCUUCUAGUACCUCAUUUGCAACAAACAAAUCCUAUAUCUCAAAUAUUUAUAAUAAUUCUUUUCUACCCAAAGAUUAUUUAGGCUUAUUACUCUCUUCAAAGACUGAAUAUUUUAUACUAAGAUUUAGAAAUGAUGAUGAUUUUAUCAUUAAUACGAACUUAAAUAAUUGUUUUACAAAGUUAUACACAAAUAAAAAUAGCUCUAAUAAUUCUUUUGUUGAAAUACUCGAUUAUUCUAAUGAACCAUUUUCACCAUCAUUUAGUGACUUUAUUCCAAGUAAUUUGUUGAAUAGUG